AUGGCCAAGAAUUGUAUAACAGUCCCUGAUAUUAAGUUCACUUACCUGAUAACAUUCAGGCAAUUGAACUUGCUUGACGAAGAAAAGUUGAGUCUCAGAGAGCUGCUGAAUCUUUGCCCUUUAUUGAACGAGAAAACUAUGAUCAACGACCCUCUAAUUGAGUACAUCAUUCAACAUCCAGAACAGUUAUUUGUUGUUUUCGAUGGAUUUGAUGAAUAUAAGCACAAGAGAAAAAUACACGGAAGUUGUGAACGCCGGUUUCCUAAUGACGCAGAAGCCCAGAUGCCCGUGCAUGCCUUGGUCAGCAAACUCAUUCAAAACAAGAUCUUAGCUGAAUCUACUAUCAUGGUUACCUCAAGACCUGGUGAAGCCAAGGAUUUGUACCAAAACAUUCCCUUCGACCAGUAUGUAGAGAUAACCGGCUUCUCCAAGACGCAGAUCAUUGAAUAUAUUGAAAAGUAUUUCAACUCGAGRCCUGAAGAAGCAAUGACAGAGGAAGAAAAGAAGAAGGCAAUCAAUAAAUUCAAAGGAACGGAGCACUACAUGGCAUUUGGUCGCGUUCCUCUCAGAUGCUUCUUGAUGUGCCCUGAUAGACAUAAUCGAGAAAGAGGUGACGAGGAAGCCUGUAAAAAAUCCGCUUCGGUGGAUGUUACUUUGCAAAAUCUGUCAAAACUGGCUGCACAGUUACAUCAAGAAAAGAGAUUUUCCUUCACUUUAGAAGACUUGGAUAAGCUAGAAUUGACGGAAAAUGAGCUACUUCAUAUCAAAUCCAGCAAUCUUUUGUACUGCUGUCCCGUUGUCAGUAAUAAGUCUAAAUACCGUGAAACACAUAUUGAAUAUUGUUUUGCCCAUUCGACCAUUCAAGAGUUCCUGGUUGCUUGGCAUUUGGUGUCGGAAAAGAAAAUCCCGACAAAACGUUCCGACAUAUUGUUUGAAUUCAUGAGUGGCUUGUUGAAAAAAACAAAAAAACAAAACACUUCUGGUUUUAAUGAGAAUGAUAGUUUAAUGGAGAAAUUGUUAGAUUUUGUGGAUGAAGUGCAAGGGUUCAAAGACUUCGAUUUGGAUGACUUUGGAGGCAGACUCUUACCACUGACUUGUCUUUACGAAUACGGCCGAGACAGUGAAUUGACAAAAAGAAUGAUUAUCACAAAUCGCUAUGGAUUCUGGAGCCGUGAAAAUGAAAGUAUUAGUAUAAAGGAUGUAAUUGACACUGAGUGUGAUGCAGUUGCAAUGUUAGUUGACACGCUGGACACUGUGUCACCGUCUGUCCCACCACCGAAUACUUUGCAUAUUUAUCUCUCUAGGUUAAACUGUUCCUGUGUACACUCGUUGUUGCCAUCUCUUACUAAACCAAACUGCAAUAUCCCUCAACUGGUACUUUGGAAUUGUGGACUAGAUGACAAAUGUGCAGGAUGUCUGGGUCAAUACUUGGCAAGAACUAAAAUAAAUAAGCUUGAACUACCUUGGAAUAGAAUAACCGAUGUCGGUGUGGAGAAUCUAGUGGAUCAGUGUUCCAGUACGUGUAUUAAUUUUACCCAGUUAAACAUGGAAAACAAUGAAAUAACAGAUUCUGGUUUGAUGUUCCUGAUCAAUCGCUGUCCCAGUCUAACGAGGGUAGACCUCAGUCUCAAUGAAAUAACUGAUGUUGGUGUGGAGUACCUCACGAAUCACUGUCCUAGUAAUCUAAAAUUCCUAGGUCUUUCUCACACUAAAAUAACUGAUAGUGGUGUGAAAUAUCUUGCGGACCACUGUCCCAGUAGUUUAAUCGAGCUGGACCUAUCUACACAUAGGAUAACUGAUAGUGGCUUGGACUACAUCGUCAAACACCGUCCCAUAAAUCUACGUGAAUUAAACCUGUACCAGUGCGACGAAUACAGUUCAAUAUCAAAUGAAUGUAAAGAGAGGUGUUCUCAAUUUUGUAUGGAUAACUAUCCUGACUUUAACCUCGGAAUUUACAAUGAUUUCAGUGAUGAAAACAUACAGGAAGAAUUUGAAGAUAUAUGUUAGAGGAGGAAGGCAUUAGCAAAGUACAGUUUAACUUGUUGAAAAGCAACGAAAGACAAACGUUCAUCGAACGAUGCAAAAUCACAUUCACAAAAAAAAUCUCUGAUGAUGCAUCACUGAAUUAAAUUUAGAAACUAUUAUUGAGCUUAAUCGUUAUACAAACGACGGAUGAAAAAAUACACGUUUUGAUUUCUUU